UCUGGCUGAAACAGUUCGGAACCAGUCUACAAUUAAUGCAAGAUGGCAGAGAAUGCGAACCAAGAUCCGAUGGAAACUGGGCAGUUUGUAUCUGACGAGGAUUCAGAGGAGGAGUCGCCAGGCCCUGGGGUGGAGGAAAUCCCCGCUGAGAAUAUACCACCACUUGAGCUCGAUCCAGAUGAUAUCGAUGUUGAUCUGAACCACAGGCGGAUUGACAGGAUUCAAGGACUUCAUGUGCUAAGACAAGUCGAGACACUGUGUUUACGUCAAAAUCUGAUCAAGAAAUUGGAGAAUUUGGAGACAUUAACCACACUGACGGAGCUUGAUAUCUACGACAAUGACAUUACUACCAUCGAAAACCUUGAUGCACUUGUCAAUUUGAGGGAAUUGGACUUGUCGUUCAACAAGAUCAGGAAGCUAGAAAACCUCGACAGCUUAGUGACUCUUGUCAAGCUGUUUGUCAUCAACAACAAGAUCUCCAAAAUUGAAAACAUCGGGCAACUCACCCAACUGACCAUGUUGGAGUUAGGCGACAACCGAAUCAGGAAACUUGAACAUUUGGAGGCAUUGGUGAACUUGGACAGUUUAUUCGUGGGAAAGAACAAGAUUACAAAGCUAGAGAAUCUUGGUUGUCUGAAGAAACUGCGGGUACUGAGCAUACAGAGUAACCGGAUCGUCAAGCUGGAGGGCCUUGAUGAACUGACAGAUUUGGAGGAGUUGUACAUAAGUCAUAACGGCAUUCAGAAGAUUGAGAACCUAGAACAAAAUGUCAAACUCAACACAUUGGAUCUUGCCGGCAACAGGAUAUCACGCUUGGAAAACAUCAGCCAUCUGAUACUGCUGGAAGAGUUUUGGUUUAACAGCAAUCAGCUGGACCAUUGGCCCGACAUCGACCAGCUCAGGAUUGCUACACAACUCAAGACGGUGUACUUUGAGCACAACCCCAUCGCCAAGGAUCACAUGUACAGAAAGAAGGUACAACUUGCUCUUCCGUCCGUUACGCAGAUAGAUGCAACUUACACUAGGUAGAUACACCAUACAAGAGCCAGAUAUUAUUCACUUGGAUGUUGUUUGAGAAUAGGUCUUUGUAAAAAGUAAAAAAAAAAAUGUAGUAUACUGAUUAGGGAUGACGUGUGUCGUGUGGACACAUUUUAACUUCAUACAGAAAUUGUAUAUUUGU